GCAGGGGAUUUCCACUGCAGGGCAGGUGAGGUAUUUAUAUCACGUGCUAGAACCGACAUUCCAUUUCAAUUCCAGUUCGAUUCAAGCAUCUAUGGAAGGUAUUAGGAUGCAUCUAGUACUGAGAAUUCUGCAAGUUCCUAGUGCAGACCAAUUCCAACGUUCCCCUCGGGUCUUUUUGAACUCGGCAAAACGUGACUUUCAGGUCAAAUUUAAUCCUCAGAAUCAAGGCACCAUUUGCUCCAAGCUGGAGCCUUCAUAGGUAUGCGCCUCGAUGUCUGUCUAGAACUCGAAGGAUAAUCCAAUCUCUAUAGCUACAGGUACUUUAACCGUGGAGUCCAACAGUGUUGUGCUCACGGAAAGUCACAACCCGUGCCGCAGCACCAAAAUCUUGCACCUGACGUUGACAUCACUUUCUUCUACCAGUACAAGUACUCAGCAGUGGAGUCCUCCAGAUCCACUUCAGGCAAUGAAUCGCCGCGUCCUUCAUUGACACGUGAUCUGAAGCUUCCUGGCGUGGUCAAAGAGUGUAAUCAACAGCAACAGCUUCCACAAUCUCGUCAACUCCCAACCACCACGCACUAUUUCGUCCAUCGAUAAUUCACGCAUCGUAAUCUCCCAUCCACGCACAGUCGCCUUGAGCUCCGGUUAUUGAUAUUACCUCAAGUCCCUCAAUUCGACGCGAUCGCCGAGAGCAUCACAGGCCAGGUCAUAAAGGGCGCCUGACGGACGCUUGAGUAGUCGAUAUGCCUAGCAAGACCCCCCAUACCAACGGCAACGAACCAGUUGAGAAUGGAAUCAAUGGUACCAAGGAUGUCGAGAUGAAAGACGAUGCGCCAAAUCCCUUGAAGGGAGGAAAGGGCAAAAAGUUGAAGGAAGGCGAGGAAGAGAUGACGGUGGUUGUGCCGCCAUCAAAGGGCUCCAAACUCUCUGCUCCACCGCAGAAGGAUACGGACGGAGAUGUUGCUAUGGACGGCGAGGCGGCAGGAGAGGACGAUGGCGCGGUCAAAGUUGAUCCAGUCACACAGGCUAUAUCAGGUACAUGGAAUUGCUGCUCAUCUGCCGUUUGCUCAAUCUUGUCUGCUAACAUUCGCUCUCUUCUGGCAGAUAUCAAGAGCAAUUUCCCGUUACUCGAGCGCGCUGUUACCUUGUUCGACGCAAGAUUUACCCUUCGAGCCCUGAGAUCAAUCUCAUCCAUCCGCAAACGCCUCACACCCGAUAUCCUCGCCCAGGUUAUCACCGAUACCUAUCCUUCAAACAGUCCUGCAGCUAGGUCUUUAUUAGUUGCACUCGACCGAGAAAAUGCUACAUUUGCAAAGCCGAGCUCGACCGAAAUGGAAAUCGACUCGGAGUCGAAAGCAACCAAGAACGGGAAGAAGGAACAAAAGGAGAUCAUUCCAGAAGUCGACAUCUUCCUUGGAAUUCUCACACAAAUCUACUAUCUUGACAACAAGAUCACACAAAAGGGUGUGGUUUUCUCGGCACAUCUUGCUGAGCGCAUACACUCGCUGAACCGACGAACAUUGGAUUCGCUUUCUGCUCGCGUUUACUUUUACUACUCAAUGUUCGCAGAGCAGAUGCACCCACUUCCUCCCUCACCCGCUUCACCCGUCGUGUCUUUGCGCCCUGCUCUUCUUUCCGCUCUACGAACAGCUGUUUUGCGAAAAGAUGUCGACACACAAUCUACAGUCAUUGUCCUGCUACUACGAAACUAUCUCUCGACAUCCCACAUCACUCAAGCCGAUCUCCUUGUAACACACACCAAGUUCCCUGACAACGCAUCGAACAACCAGGUUGCGCGAUACUUAUAUUAUCUAGGUCGUAUCAGAGCCAUCCAAUUACGUUACACCGAGGCCCAACAACAACUCACAGCAGCAACAAGAAAGGCACCGUCGAGUCCUAGUGCAGCAGGUUUCUCCCAAAGUGCAACAAAGUUGAAACUAGUGGUUGAAUUAUUGAUGGGUGACAUUCCGGAACGUGCGACCUUCCGUGUUGCCAGCAUGGAGCGUGCCUUGGAACCAUACCUGCAGCUUGUUCAGGCUGUACGAGUUGGGCUUCUGGGAGAAUUCGAAAGCACCAUCAAGCAACACAGCGAGACCUUCCGACGAGACGGAACCUACACCCUAAUCCUCCGCCUCCGCCAGAACGUUAUCAAAACUGGAAUUCGCAUGAUGUCUUUGUCCUACUCGAGAAUCUCUCUUCGCGAUAUUUGCAUCCGAUUGAAGCUGGAGAGUGAAGAAUCUGCAGAAUAUAUUGUUGCAAAGGCGAUCCGUGAUGGCGUUAUUGAGGCUUCCCUUGACCGAGAGCGAGGGUUUAUGAAGAGCAAGGAGGUUGGAGACGUGUAUGCCACCAGAGAGCCCGGAGAAGCUUUCCAUGAGCGUAUUCGUGCGUGCCUCGGUCUGCACGACGAAAGUGUCAAGGUAUGUCACAUUUCCCACUUGAAUGCCUGUACAUUAUGACUAAUCACUUCCCAAGGCAAUGCGAUUCCCCAUGAACCAACAUCGCUUAGAACUCAAGAACGCCCAAGAGGCCCGAGAACGCGAACGCGAAAUGGCAAAGGAGAUUCAAGAUGGUGAUCUUGAUGAGGACGACCUAGGCGGAGAGUACGAGGGUAUGUAAGAUGAGUGUCUAGUAUGUGUGGGGCUUGGAAGGAUGCGUAAUGGCGGUGGGGAUACGCAAACAAACAUGUACACAAGGUCUUUCGAAUUCACAAAGCAUGGGGUGGGCGGCAGGUUGUGCGAUCAAUUAAGCUGAGCGACAACUCGCAUGAUGAUGGAUUUUGCCAUGGAAAUGAGGAGUGACGGAGGGCAGCUUUGGUUCUGGUGUUUUUGGGGAGGAAAGGAGGGGGUUUAAUGACCCUUUUCUCUUCUGCGGCGGCACUGGAUUAAUCUUGUCUCUUGCUACUCAGAUGUAUCAACCCCUUUCUUUUUUCCUUCCCCUUACCUUUGUUACUACUACCUUACUUUAUCGAACCAAUGGAUUCCCUUCUUUCUUGGCUUUAUUGGUCUCCUGGAUCUGGGAUGGGAUGGGUAUGAUAGAUACAUUCAUCGUGGCAUUUUUCCAUCUUUUCAUCUUGUGGAGGGAGGCCAAUUAAAUGUAUGUUUUCUGGUUUGUUUGUUUUUAUGCUCUUAUGAUGAGCUUGUGUUAUUACUAUUAGGCUUUCCUAUUCUUCUCCUUGUGUCUGACUUUUUUAUUUUGUCUCUUUUAUUUGUAUACGUUUUUCCUGAUGGGUGGAUCUUGAUGUCUUUUGGUAGGUAUAUGUUGCUUUGAUGUGGGUGAUUAUAAGUGAUGGAUGGGGUCUUUGAAGUGAUGCUUGUAGUACCUUGAUAUCAUACCGUACGUGAUGAGAUGGGAUGUGAGUUGGGUUUUUCGCUUGUAGGUCUGAAUCAGUCUCGUAG